CUGCCGGGGCGGCCUGGACCUGGAGCGCGGCGGGCCAGCGGCGGAGCCAGCGGAGACCGGGAGCCGGGGGAAGCCACACCGAGGAGGCGAGCGCACCGGACGAGGAGAGGAGCAGGGGCUCGCGAAGCCAGCCGCACGGAGCUCCCGCGCACGGCAGCCGGCUGGCCUCCCCCGAUCCGCGCCGGCCCCGGAGCGCGCUGCCCCACACCCGGUCCAGCCCGCCGCCGAGGACUGCGCGCCGCUCGCUUGCAGCGGCGAGGCCCGGGGCGGCCCCGCAGGGACCUCCCUACACCGCCCGGGCCGCCCGGAUGUGCACUAAAAUGGAACAGCCCUUCUACCACGACGACUCAUACGCAGCGGCGGCGGCGGGAUACGGCCGGGCCCCGGGCGGCCUCUCUCUCCACGACUACAAACUCCUGAAACCCAGCCUGGCGCUCAACCUGGCCGACCCUUACCGAGGUCUGAAAGCGCCCGGGGCGCGGGGCCCGGGCCCGGAGGGCAGCGGCGGGGGCGGCUACUUCUCCAGCCAGGGCGCGGACUCGGGCGCGUCCCUCAAGCUCGCCUCUUCCGAGCUGGAGCGCCUGAUCGUGCCCAACAGCAACGGCGUGAUCACGACGACGCCCACGCCCCCGGGACAGUACUUCUACCCCCGCGGGGGCGGCAGCGGCGGAGGCGCGGGAGGCGCCGGGGGCGGCGUCACCGAGGAGCAGGAGGGCUUCGCCGACGGUUUUGUCAAAGCCCUGGACGACCUGCACAAGAUGAACCACGUGACGCCCCCCAACGUGUCCCUGGGCGCCAGCGGAGGGGCCCCGGCGGGGCCCGGGGGUGUCUACGCCGGCCCGGAGCCUCCUCCCGUCUACACCAACCUCAGCAGCUACUCCCCCGCCUCUGCGCCCGCCGGGGCCGCCGGGGCCGCCGUGGGGACCAGCAGCUCGUACCCGACGGCCACCAUCAGCUACCUCCCCCACGCGCCACCCUUCGCCGGCGGCCACCCGGCGCAGCUGGGCCUGGGCCGCGGCGCCUCCGCCUUCAAGGAGGAGCCGCAGACCGUGCCCGAGGCGCGCAGCCGCGACGCCACGCCGCCUGUGUCGCCCAUCAACAUGGAAGACCAGGAGCGCAUCAAAGUGGAGCGCAAGCGGCUGCGGAACCGGCUGGCGGCCACCAAGUGCCGGAAGCGGAAGCUGGAGCGCAUCGCGCGCCUGGAGGACAAGGUGAAGACGCUCAAGGCCGAGAACGCGGGGCUCUCGAGCACCGCGGGCCUCCUCCGGGAGCAGGUGGCUCAGCUCAAACAGAAGGUCAUGACCCAUGUCAGCAACGGCUGCCAGCUGCUCUUAGGGGUCAAGGGACACGCCUUCUGAGCAUUCCUUCCCCCUACGGACAUCCCACCCCCCACCUCCCAGCCUGGACGGCUGGGCGAAAGCCUUCCACGGGGUGAGGGUGAGGGUGCAGGCGGUGGGCACCCGCCCCGGGCCAUGGGAACGCCGAAAAUCACACUGGACUCCUGCCUGCCCGCUCUGCGCCCAGUCCUUCCACCUCAACGUUUACAAACCCCCCUUCCACUUUUUUUUUGUAUUUUUUUUUCUGCUGGAAACGAACUCGAUUCAUAUUGAAUAUAAUAUAUUUGUGUAUUUAACAGGGAGGGGAGGAGGGGGCGAUCGCGGCGGAGCUGGCCCCGCCGCCGCCCGGUACUCAAGCCCGCGGGGACACUGGGGAGGGGACCCCUGCCCCCCACCCUCCCCCUCUGCACUGUACUGUGGGAAAGAAACACGCACUUAAUCUCUAAAGAGUUUAUUUUAAGAUGUGUUUGUGUGUGUGUGUGUGUGUGUGUUUGUUGUCCUGACUUUUUAUUGAAUCUAUUUAAGUAAAAAAAGAAAAAAAGAGGUUCUUUAUUAA